AGCCUCAGACAACAGGGAGGUGUCCUCUUCCAGCAGCUGGUUGCUUGAUCAUCAGCACAUCAAGAAAAGAAGAAGAGACAGGACAAGGCUAAGAUCUCUCUCCGUGGCUAAUUUGAGCACAUCUGCCCGAACAAGGCCGCUUCAUAGUUUCCAGAAGAGGAGACUCUACCGAAUGCACGGUGCCUGUUACUGGAAUCAGCAGACUUCACCAUCUAGAAAUGCCUCCCUUCCAUAUAAAACUCGGUUACCAUGUAUGGUGCCAGCCUCCGCUCUCAGCAGUAGGGGCUACAGCGCACAUUCUAAAAUACUGGAUUAUGUGCAAGAGCCGGACUCUUCCUUCCAUCCGGUUUUAUCAUUCCCUUCAGAUAUUCCUCUUCACAUAUACUUGGAAACAUUAUUAAGGAAGGAUGACAUCAAAGGAGAACCUGUUGAUACCUCAUCUUUGGGAGUGGAGGUUAAAGUACCUCCAGAGAAUGACUAUAAUCAGCAUAAUGUUCCCGUCAAACAAUGGAGCAAUGGCUGUUCCAAAACUCAGUCAGUGUCAGGAACAUCUGACCAGCUGUCAGAAGGAAGAAAGAAAAGACAUCUAAGUGAGACAGCAGUAGGCGAACGUAACGCUAGGCUUGAGACACUGUCCUUUCAACAGGCAGAACCAGAAUCCCAUAGCAGUUCUGCUGCCGUGACCAAUGCCAGUGCGAUGUCUAAGCCCACUCACAAAACUUCAUCACAGCAUAACUCCAGGAGGAGGUUGAGAAGUGAGAGCUCCUACGAUAUAGACAACAUUGUUAUUCCAAUGUCACUGGUGGCACCAUCGAAGUUGGAGAAACUACAGUACAAAGAAAUCCUUACCCCAAGCUGGAGAGUUGUUGAGCUUCAACCUUUAGAAGGAUCUCAAGCAAAUGAAGAAGAGGUAGAAGAUCUGUCAGACGAAGCUUUUUCCUUACGUCACACCAAGUAUGAGAAAAGAGAGCGAGCAAGGUGGUCGCUGUGGGAGCAGAGCCGCUGGCCCAGAAGGAAUAGCAGAUCUUACAGCAAAAACGCAGACGGGCGACACGGCCAAGACUCGGCGCAAAAAGACGAGCGCGGCAGCUCCUGCGCCUCGCUGCACUGCGCUGCGGAACCUGUUCCCGACGUGACUUCAGAAGCCCACAGCUCUGUCUGUUCAGAGGUUGCACAGCCCUGUGGAGAGAGCCAGGAAGCGAAGUCCGGGCUGUGGGAACUUCGAGUUUUUCCACUAAAAGAUGAAGAGGUAGAAGCUUUACUGUGCCAAGAUCAAAUCACGAAUCAGACUGAAAUGUCAAGUGCAGCUUUUCCCAGCAACUCUCUUUGUGCUUCGUGCACACCCGAGGGUUUGCCAGACAAUAGCCAUCCACCAAGAAAACAAUCUACAGAAGAGUCGGAAGACGGUGAAAACGUUUGCCUGGGAAUCGGCAGUACAAGAAAGCAAAGGUGACAGGGAAUAAUGUGGUUCAUUAAGAAAGCCAAUUAAGGUGGAGAAAAGUGUAAGGUAAAAUCUCUCUUGUUCACGCAGCAUAUGACAGCACAAUUCAAAACCUGUAUCUUAGCUGCAUAUAAUAUAUUUUCUUUCUUGCUUUGUAACAGGCAGGAUAAAUCCCAAAGACAACACUUUCUUCUUCCCGAACCACAAGAGA